GACAAUGUCAACCACAAUGUGGCAGCAACCCAGCUAGCCCUCUACUGGGUGCUAAACAACAACUUAGAAAAAGAAGAGUGGGAUUGUCGAGUCCUCCUAGAACAACAAGAAGCCAUGUCAAAGGCAAGGCUAGAAGAAGAAGAGCAAGAGAGACAACAGACUGAGUUGCUACAAGAAGUGAAGAAGAAGUACCAUCACAAAUAUGCCACAGUCCCCCAGGAUGCUGUAGUCCCUGCAGAUCCCAUCAUCAUCCCUUCCCAGGUCACAGCACAAAGACUCCACAAAGCAGAUUUUGUCAAGCUCUACUAUUUCACAAACAAAGGCCUAUGUGAUGCAGAGCUGACCAUCUGCUCAACAGAUGAUGAUGCCCUAUCCCUCCUCCAGACAGGAGAAGGCAUACACUCCUUCAUACCUCUAGCAUCAGCCCAAGCAAAAGGCACAGUCACCAAAGAUGAAGACCUUGCCUGGGAAGAAUUCUCAGAAGCUGCACACAGGCUAACCAAUGCUAUGAAAGAGAACAACUGGGAGGCUGACAACAUCAGCAAUCACAUCAAAUUCUGGCUGGCGCUCAAAAACCACCCCUGGAGGCAUGGGCACUGUGAAAUAAGCAAGAGAGCCUUGCUUGUCUACCAAGCCAGAGUAUGCAGAAGAUGGCACAACACACUUGAAGCAAUUAAAGACAAAGUCUUCUCAGCUAUCACUUCAAACCAGAGAGCAUGGGAGUGGAACCCAUUGAUUGAGGACCAAGCUCAAAAUGAACUAGAUUAG